AUGCGCGCCGGACUCACUCUCGCCGCCGCGCUGGCCGCCGUCCCCGCUGCCCUAGCCGCCAAGGGCCAGAUGGGCUUCGCGCUGGGCACGAAGAAGACGGACGGCAGCUGCAAAUACCAGGCCGACUACGAGGCCGACUUCGACGCCAUCCAGUCCAACUCGGGCGCCACCGUCGUCCGCGGCUACUCCGCCUCCGACUGCAACAACGCCCAGUACAUCCUGCCCGCCGCCAAGUCCAAGGGUUUCAAGGUCGUUUUGGGCGUGUGGCCCGAUGUUGAGGAGAGCUUCCAGAAGGACAAGGCCGCUCUGGUCAAGUACGUACCUCAGUACAAGGAUCAGGUCUACGCCGUCACUGUCGGCUCGGAGACGCUCUACCGUGGUAACUUCACGGGCGAGCAGCUCCUGGAGAAGAUCAACGACGUCAAGCAGGCUCUUGGCGGAGACGUCAAGACCGGUACUGCCGACUCGUGGAACAAGUACAAGGACGGAACUGCAGAUGCUCUGAUCAAGGGCGGUGUGGACCUCCUCUUGGCCAACGGCUUCUCCUACUGGCAAGGCGCUGCCGCUGGUCGUGAUGCUGUUGAUGUGUACCUGGACGACAUCUCGCAAGCUCUCGCUCACAUCCAGGACCUGUCUGGCAGCCUUGACAAGAUUGAGUUCUGGAACGGCGAGACUGGCUGGCCAACUGAUGGCGGCUCUGACUACGAGAACGCCAAGGCUGGUACUGAGAACGCCAAGAGCUUCUACCACGACGGCUUCUGCGCCGCCAUCGACUGGGGCUACAACGCUUUCUACUUCGAGGCUCUCGAUGAGCCUUGGAAGCCACAGAGCAUCGGUGACAAUGGCCAACCUCAAAUCGAGACCACCUGGGGCGCCAUGACCGCCGACCGCACCCCCAAGUUCAGCCUCAAGUGUGGAUCUUCGUAA